CGAACAAACUACUUUGUGUCUGUGUCUUGACUGCAAUGUGACGCGGAGUAUACUAAAAAGUGGCGAAACCUGUUGAUCCACCACCUCAAAACACCACAUCAACCAACUCCAAACAACUCAACCACUGCCCAGCCCUCACAGCCUCUCUCCAUGGCCCCGUCAAAAGCGCGCUUCGCCGCCCCCCUGCCGCAGCCCACGCGCUCCAGCACCCUCGAAUGGACGUUCCCCAAGCCGCACAGCCAGCUGGUGCUCACCGGCCGGUCCCGCGCCGCCUGGCACACGUCGUUUGUGAUCCCGUCGCUGAACCUGCUGCUGGACGCCGGGCUCGUGGUCAACAGCCAGCGCCCCAAGCACAUCUUCCUGACGCACGGCCACAGCGACCACACGCUGCUGGCGCCGGCCUUUGUCAAGCGCGACGACCCGCCCGACGUCUUUUGCCCGGCCGAGAUGCGCGACGCCCUGGACGACUUUGUGCUGGCCAAGACGCUGCUGAACCGCGGCGGCGAGAUUGGCGUGGAGGAUGCUGCGGCGGUUGGCCUGGCCGUGGACGAUGCCGUGGCUGCGCGCAGUGAGGCGCUGGGGAGGUCGCCGUCGGCCACGGCCUUUCUGGGCACGCACCGGACGCAUGCGCUGCAGCCCGGCGACGUGGUGCCGCUGCGACGCGCCCCGGGCAUCACGGCCACGGCCUUUCGCUGCCACCACCAGGUGCCCUGCCUGGGCUACGUCUUCAGCAAGACCACGCAGCGCCUCAGGCCCGAGCUCGCCUCGCUGGCCGGCCCGGAGCUGCAGGCGCUGCGCAAGGCCGGCGAGCAGCUCACGGCGCCUCACACGGCGCCCAUCUUUGCCUUUAUGGGCGACACGACGGCCGCGACGCUCGCCGAGGCGCCGGCCUGGCUGCGCGAGGGCAUCCCCGUCGUCAUCCACGAGUGCAGCUUCCUGUACGAGGAGCACCGCGCGCAGGCCGCCAAGACCAAGCACACGCUGUGGAGCGACCUGGAGCCCGUCAUCCGCAGGUGGCCGCGGACGACGUUUGUCCUGACGCACUUCAGCAUGCGGUACGAUGAUGCCGAGGUAGCCAGGUUCUUCAGGGAGAUGGCUGAUCCGCCGGAGAACAUGGUUGUGUGGGCGGACUUGGAGUGCUGAGGGGAUCAAGAGAGAGAGAGAGAGAGACUCCUUUCCCAGCAACACCAGCGGCAGAGUUCUGUGCCCAUGUUUCCCGAGCCGGGAGAGCUUCACCGCCAGAUGCACCGCCUUUGAUGAGCUGUCACUCGUGUUACCUGUUGCCGUGUAUAUGCGCAUCCCAGGUGCGUUGUAACAGAACGCCGGUGCUACCACAGAUGAUGCUGAGAUGAAAUGUCAGGGGGGGGCUGUGGGUGUGGUGCGCGGACGUACAUCAAACGGAUAAGAUGGAGAGAGAGAUGGAAGCUGUGAUUGCUGGGAGAAAUUAGAGGAAAACGACAGUGACGGUGUGUGUG